AUAAACGUCACGUGAGAUACAACAUGUCAUGUGACCUGAGUUGGGGGAAAAUGACAGCUGGGGUCGGCAUUUUUACCUUUUCUACUUUAUAUUUAUUUAGCUUUUUAUUUAUUUUAUGCAGUGUGUACGUCGACUGUGAGCCCACUGAUGUUCAGUUAUGCCACAUGUGUAAGGGAGUCGUACAGAACCACAGCGCUGUGUGGAGCUUCUGCCUAUCAGAAGGCAGGAUUGAGGGUCGGUGCUGUGUUCAGGAUGAAGAGGAGAACAUUCUGGGGCUGGAUCUAUCUAAUUGUUCUCUGAGUCAAGUGGAGGGCCUCCAUGUAGCUUCUGCAGCAGUUAUCAUAGACCUCUCAAGCAACCCUAUUUCCAAUAUGAGUGAUUUUAUAUUUCAAGGUUUUAAUCGUCUCAGCCAUCUUAUACUGCCCAUAAAACUGGAUUGUCCUGGUGGCAACAUAUCAUGGGACAGAGUGGAUAUUAAACAUGAUACCCGGCUCUGUGAAGGACAGAGGAAUGCCUGCAAUCAAACUGGGCAAAUGUCCUUGGAUUGCCCUGAGAACUCUAACUGCAUGCCUUAUGGACCAGGAUUCUCUCAGUGCAGCUGUGCCCACAACUUCCAUGGAUACAAGUGCCUAAGACAGGGCCGUUUUCCUAUGCUGGAAGUCAUGGCAAUAUUAGGUGGGUCCACAGUUGUGGUUUCAAUGUUACUAUGGAUCACUCAAAGGCGAAAAAUAAAAGGCACCUGAGUUCUUGCGUCAUCUGGCAGCUGGUAGAAAGCGGUAGGAAACACUGAACAAAGCAUGUUGUGUCGAAGUGAUACAAUGUCUGAAUAGAGAAAUGCUUUUUUUAUUUUUGUGUGUUUAAGAUUGAUCUGUUUUCAACAAAAAACUCGGACUUUGCUCUAAGCACAUGAUCAGGUUGGGAAGGUCAAUAAUGCAUCUUUUAGAUGGUGCUCAUUGCCUCAGAGUUGCCCGUCCUCAAAGAAUAACUGUCACUUUAAUAAACUGCAUGAUUAUACAGGUAUGCAUAACACUGGGAGUUUGGAUUGCAGGUAUAUACUCUGGCAUGUAGUAAAUAGUGGCCAAGGAUUUUAAGUCAAAAAUGACUAGACUUCAUUUGAGGCAUUAUUUCUACUGAAUAGUGCAAAUUAACAGCCAUUGAUGACCAGAGUUGCAAAUUGCAAGAAUGGUAUAAUGUACACAUGGCAAGUGGUGUGUGAAGUCCAGAGACUGUCUCCUUCAUUUGUCUUUUCAACCAAUUGUCUACUUUGUCCAAAAUAUAUACAGAAUAAAUACUCAAAAGUGUACCGUGCCCCUAAAUUUACACUUCUGGUUGCCAGUGACUGUUAAUGUGACCGUACGUUUUUGUCAUCACUCUAAAUCAUAUACAGUACUUUAGAGAUGGGCAUUGAUAAAGUCUUUUGGAUGAGGGACAAAAUCUUUAGGAUUAUAACAUGUCCUGUCAGCUAAACGUAAUGCUACUAGACCUGGAUGACUGAAAACGGUUGGGCAUUUUUGCAUACAUUUUAUCUCAUUUGUUGUGGUUAUUGUUUGUUAAAUAUAUAUGCAUACAUUUUUACUCUGUACACAUUCUUGCACCAAAAUAAUGAUUUUGUUAUUGUUAUAAUAUGUUCACAUUGUUUUUAAUCACCUUAAAAUAUGCAUUAAAAUGUCCAAGAGCCUCGAAAAGACAGAAGUGCUAAAACCUACAAUGUUAUUUGUGAAUAUCAGUAACCACAUUUUUAAAUCCAGUAAAUUGUGUUGUAUGCAACUGGCAUUAUGUGUGUCCUCACAAGUAAUAGCUGUGUUACUAUCAAGAUAUGGAAUGUACAAAGGCCAAUGCUAUGUUAAAAAUAACUGCUGUAAGAAAUUACAAAACUAACAUUCACGUCUUUACUUUCUUCCAGCCUGCAUAAAUAAAUGCAGUCAAAUUUGUAAGAAGCCCUGUAUCACGUAUGCAGCUUAAUAAUCAAAAGGGUUUACUAACAAAAUUGAAUUCUUUUCCAGAAAACACAAUUAAAAAGACAUACAUAAUUUCAAAUAUAUGUAAAUGAUUUUAAAUAAAUUUACUGAAGUCCA